AUGCUCUCACGUGUUGCUGCAGUCAUGGCACCCCGCACACACAACCGUCGCCGCGUGACCGGAUCCAGCGGGAGGAGGAGGGAAGGAAGAGAGAGUGAGCCGCAGAGGCCCAACAUGUCCCGGCUUUACUUCUAUUCCGCGGUGCUUCUACUUGUUUUGUUGAUGUGCUGCGGCAGUGGAGCUGCAGCCGCUGGGGGCAGUAAAACAAGGAAUACCAUUGAUCCGUUUACAGGGACGACGUCGAUAUCAUUUGCCAAUUGGAAGGAGUUUAACGGGGACGGAAGCAAAAUCACCUCGCUCCGCGUUCCUGGCCUCGUUAAAGUGGGUGAUGAUGUAUUUGUCGUUUCUGAGGCGCAGUGCGGGGAAAAGAACGGAGCCGGCAGCUGUGCUGGGAUUGUGUCAAAGCACCUGAAUAUAAGUGGUUACUCAAUGGAUAUUUCUACGUCGGAUGUAAGUUUGUUUCGCAUGCAACUUGUGGACACCGCCGCGAGUAGUUUUGAGACAACGGAAGUGUUGCGGCCAACGACAGUUGUAAUUGGGAACAGCGUCUACAUGCUGGUGGGGAAAUACAGCCAUACAGAGAAGCAGGUUGAAGGUACGAAUGAGCGGGGUCUUUUACUCGUGAAGGGAACUGUCUCUGAUGAGGGUGGAAUGAAGAAAAUCAGAUGGAAUGAGACACAUGUGGUGAAGCCUCAAGGCAAAGGAGAAUCUCUUUCCUUGACCGAGUUAAUUGGCGGUGGGGGACCGGGUGCUGUGAUGCGUGACGGCUCGCUUGUGUUUCCCAUGCAGGCCAAAAACAAGGAUGGACAGCGCGUUUUGCUCUCUAUGCGUCUCUCCAAGUCAGGGAACAAAUGGGAGCUUCCGCAAAAAACGCCUGGUAACGGCUGCAGGGAUCCAACCCUGGUGAAGUGGGAAAAAUGCGAAUACGGCGAAAGACUCUUCAUGAUGGCUCAUUGUUCUGGAGGCUACUAUGACGUUUACAGUUCCACUGAGGAUGGGUACAAUUGGUACGGACACUUCCAACCAAUUACCCGCGUGUGGGGCAACUCACACAAUCGAAAGGGGUACGGCGUCCAGAGUGGAUCCACGACGGCAAUCAUUGGGGAAAAGGAGGUGAUGCUCAUCACCGCGCCGGUGUAUGCAAAGGAGGACAAUGGAAAGGGUCGGCUCCAUCUUUGGGUGACGGACAAGGCACGUGUGUAUGAUGCUGGACCGGUAUCUCGUAAAGAUGAUGACGCUGCCGCGAGCUCGCUGUUGAUAAAAGAUAAUAAUAAGGAGUUGAUUUCACUGUACGAGAACAAGAAAGACGGAGCAUACAAUCUUGUUGCUGUGCGUCUGACCGAGAAACUGGAGCGGAUAAAGGAAGUUGUGAAGACAUGGAAGGAUUUGGACAGCGCCUUGAAAACAUGCCGUUCCGUUUCCAGCGGCACUGUUGACUUGCCAAGGAAGGGUAUGUGCAAUGGUCGUGUUCCCACUGAUAGGCUUGUUGGCUUUUUGUCCGGUAACUCAACUGGGACCGAGUGGAGGGACGAGUACCUCGGCGUGAACGCAACAGUGACGAAUGGGGAGCCAAGGGUUCGCAAUGGACUGACGUUCAAAGGACCCGGAGCGUGGGCGGAGUGGCCUGUUGGCGACAUGGGGCAGACUGUGCCGUACUACUUUGCGAACACUGAGUUCACUCUUGUGGCGACGGUGUCCAUCCACGAGGUGCCGCAGAGUGGCAGCAGCCCCAUUCCUUUGAUUGGCGUGAGGAUGAAUGACACCGACAGCACGGUCCUCUUUGGUCUGUCGUACACCCAUGACAAGAAGUGGUUGGCCACACCGGAGGAUGCUGGUAAUGUGGAGGAUUUUCUUGAUGAGUGGGAGGAUGUUGAUGAUGCGGGGGAUGUUGAUUUGUGGGAGCCUAACAGGACGUAUCAGGUGGUACUGCGAAUGGAUGAUAAAGAAUGGAGUGUCUUUGUAGAUGGAAAGGAAAUCCACAACACGAAAUAUAAUACGAGUCUGUUUGACUUCCACAGGAUCUCACACUUCUACAUCGGUGGGGACAGUAAGGACCGAAGUGCAACGGGCGGCCACGUGACGGUGACCAACGUCAUGCUGUACAACGAGGAGCUGUUGGAAGGUGAUCUGCAUAAACUCAAUGCCGGCAAAGUCACCAUUCCAUCACUGGGUGUUGAGGAACAACCCACAGGUCAGGUGACCAGCACAGACGUCUCAGUUGCUUCCGAGUCAAAGAGUGAAGAAAGCGCCGCCAGCUAUGAGGAAUUGACUGAGGAUGAUACUGAUGAACAAGAGGAAGGAAUCGUCAAUGGUCCGGUGCCUGCUGCGCCCUCUUCCACGCUUGUCGCGGGAGCCUCUAUUUCUGAAUCCGCCAUAGCAGCGCAGAGCGCAGAGAAUUCUUUUUCAGAGGACAAUGCCCAGCCUUCCGAAGGCGAAACGUCUUGGCAAACCACGCUGAAUGAAGCGAAGGAAUCGAUGCAACGUGAUUCAGAUGUGCAGCCACAAGACCUACAGUCAGAGAAAUUAACGGUGUUCAGUGAUGUUGAAAAAUCCUCUGAAAGUAAUGAUACAGAAGAGCCAGAGGAGGAUGGAGGAACGAAUGACCGGAGUGGCGGAACAACGUCUCCAGUAGCUGCGUCGUUGAGUAUGGAAACGGUCGCUGCAUCAGUGAACGGUGAGCACCAAGUGCAACAAAGCAUUGAGCUUUCCGCUGAAAACGACGACGUGCGGUCCACUGGAACCGGAAAUACCGGCGCGGAGGAAAGCCUCAUCCUCGAGGCGAGGGACGGAAAUUCCGAGAGAACAAUGGGCUCAGACAGCAGCCUCACUCCUUCAAGGAGUGACGCCGAACCGACAUCCGCGGGGAACACCGGCGACGUCUCUCGGACUGAAGGAGACGAGGUCUCUUCUGAAAACGGCGAGGAGGUGCCACAGACGGGCGACACCGCACCGGAGAAUACAAACACCACGCCUGGGGAAACCGCAAUCCCAUCGGAGUCCAACGCAACAACACCCUCGGACACUGAAAUUUUGCUUGAGAAAGAGCAUUUGGGCGAGUUGGCGGGCAUGUACCUAAUUGGUGACAGCACCGUGCAUGGGUGUGUGUCUCGGGUGUUGUUGCUGCUGCUUCUGGGACUGUGGGGCGCUGCGGCUCUCUGCUGA